AAAUUUUUCCUUAAUAUGAUUUUGAGUGAUAAAUUUAUUGAAGAAGUACAAAUUUUGGAUGCAGUCGAUUUGAAUUCAUACGAAAAGAUCAUAAAUUUUGCAAUAAGUUACAUCGUUAAGCAUGACACUCAGACAACAUUGGCAGGUUUAGAUAGAGAUUAAUUAUAUUUAUAGAGGUGCUUGAAAUUGAUGAGAAUGAAGCAGAUAGAUACUUCAGGUUGGCAUUAAAAUUAGUGUCCUAUUUCGGGAAGUUCAAAUUUGGGGAUAGAUAAUUUAGACAAAAUGUAGAAUUUCUGAAAUUCAAGGAAGACAGAAAAGCAUUGUUUUUACAAGUAUUGCCAUAUUAAGAUGAAUAUAGAAAUUAGAGGCAAAUUCAACUCAGUUGCACAAGAGACUCAGUUUCAUUGAGUCGGAUGGCAUGCCCUAUUACAAGAAUUUGGAAUGGAGAUAUGACAUCUAAGUGAUAUGUUGGUUCUAUUGUUUUAGAUAGCAUCCAGAGGGUAUGAGGAGGAGUUCAAGCCCAGAAUUUUCAUGAAAUUUGAUUUGGAGUACGACAAUUCAAGAGAAUGCGGAAAAAUUGAGUAAGUGUUUUUGGAGACUGAUUAUGCGAAUCUCAAAAACCUUUAACAGGAGAUAAGCUAUUUAGUGUCGCAAUUAGAAUCAGCUAGAUAACAAAAAAUAAAGAAGCUGGGUUAGAUGUUAUGA